GCUUGUGACUUUACCCCUGUUUAAUUUCAUCUGAACCUACUAUACAUCAUGAUUUAUUAGUUGAUUAUAUUUUUUAUUGUUAAUCUGAAUCUGCAAAAUCUAAAGUUGUUAAAUAAAUGUUUCAGAGAAGACUGGUAGUGGAUUAUAGGUACAGAGUAGCAGUACAUGGAAAUACUCAAGUACCGCUACCUCAAAACUGUACUUGAGUACUAGUGCUUAGUUACAUUCCUUCACUGGUGACAGUCUAAUAAUGUCAUAUUAUACUAGCAUGUCAAAGUGACAUUUUUUUCUUUUUCAUUUGAUACUCUUUAGUUACUUUUGAUACUGAGAAUAUUUUGUUGACAACACUAUUUUUAUGCUGUUGCACAGGUAUUUUAGUUAAGGAUCUGAGUACUUUCUCCACUUCUUUAUGGCAUAAAUAAACCUUUACUGACUGGAACUUUUAAAGAGUCUUUACCUAAUCCUAAAUAAUUAUAUUAAUAAUAAAUGUGAAUGAUCGUGGUGCUGUGCUGUUGUUAUAGGCUACUGUUGUUGUUUCUGUGAGCUCCCCACCUCAGAUCACUCACAAACAACACACAUCACGGUCAGUAAAGUCUGUGCUUGAGCUUCCUCAGAAGUCCACGCCCCUGUGGCUGACAGUACAUGCCUGCAUGGUGUGGCCGGGGAUCCAGGAAGGUUGGCGGACAGAGAAGAAGGGGGGACGGCGAACGUCAUGAUCCGAAACCUCAACGCAUGAAAGCAGACCACUCAGAUCCUUAAGUCCAGGUCUCAACUAAAGGAAGGCAUCAUGAUUCCUGUGAUGGAAUUCCGGCAGUUCUCUGAACAGCAGCCAGCAUUCAGAGUCCUGAAGCCAUGGUGGGAUGUGUUCACCGACUACCUGUCUGUUAUUAUGCUCAUGAUUGGUGUCUUUGGAUGCACUCUUCAGGUAAUGCAAGACAAAAUCAUAUGCCUUCCUCAGAGAAUAUCAUCGCCUCCAGAGAACACAAGUGAAGUAGAACUGAAGUCAGUGUUACACCUCCAAUCUAAUAUUUCAGCUGUACCCAGAGAAAUGAGAGGCCUGAAAACUGAUCUGGAUCUUCAGCAGUACAGUUUCAUCAAUCAGAUGUGUUAUGAGAAGGCUCUACAUUGGUAUGCCAAGUAUUUUCCCUAUUUGGUUCUCAUUCACACUUUAGUUUUCAUGGUGUGCAGUAACUUCUGGUUUAAAUUCCCUGGCUCGAGCUCUAAAAUAGAGCAUUUUAUCUCCAUGCUUGGCAAGUGCUUUGACUCUCCAUGGACCACACGAGCAUUGUCGGAGGUGUCUGGAGAAAAUCCUGAGGAAAAGGACAGUAAAAAGGCUGGUACCUCUAGGUCCAACACCGCUGCAUCUCCCGGAGAAGGUAGUUUGGAAAAGACUCAGUCACUCCGGUCUAUUCCAGAAAAGAUUGUAGUUGACAAGCCAUCUGCAAGUGUUCUUGAUAAAAAAGAGGGAGAACAAGCUAAAGCCCUCUUUGAAAAAGUAAAGAAGUUCCGUUUGCACGUUGAAGAAGGAGAUAUCCUUUAUAUUAUGUAUGUUCGGCAGACAGUGUUCAAGGUGUUUAAGUUCCUCCUAAUCAUUGCUUAUAAUAGUUCUCUGGUGAAUAAAGUGCGGAAUAGAGUACGUUGUGAAGUUGAGAUCCAGGACAUGACAGGCUAUAAAGAGUUUGAAUGCAAUCACACUAUGGCUCAUCUGUUUUCUAAGCUUUCUUACUGUUACCUGUGCUUAGUGGCUGUCUAUGGAUUAACAAGCCUUUACACCUCCUAUUGGCUGUUUUACCGCUCGCUGAAAGAAUACUCCUUUGAGUAUGUGCGACAGGAAACAGGCAUCAAUGACAUCCCAGAUGUCAAGAAUGACUUUGCUUUCAUGCUACAUAUGAUUGAUCAGUAUGACCCGCUGUAUUCUAAAAGGUUUGCAGUGUUUUUAUCUGAGGUCAGUGAGAACAAACUGAAACAGCUCAACCUUAACCAUGAGUGGACUGCUGAGAAACUGCGUCAGAGACUCCAAACUAAUCCCAACAACAGACUUGAACUUCAGCUGUUCAUGCUCCCUGGGUUACCAGACACUGUCUUUGAGUUGACGGAGCUACAGUCACUCAAACUUGAAAUAAUCAACAAUGUUACAAUCCCUGGCUCUAUCUCUCAGCUGGAGGACCUUCAAGAGCUGUCUCUUUACCAAUGCUCUUUAAAGUUGCACUCAACAGCUACCUCCUUCCUCAAAGAAAACCUGAAAGUGCUUCGUGUGAAGUUUGAUGAUAACAGGGAACUUCCAAACUGGAUGUAUGGCCUUCGCAACUUAGAGGAGCUCUAUCUCACUGGAUCACUCAGUCCUGAUGCCUCUAAGAAUAUAGUUCUUGAGUCACUGCGGGAGAUGAAGUGUUUGAAAACUCUCUCCCUUAAAAGUAAUUUGACCAAGAUACCCCAGUCGAUAGUGGAUGUUUCCAGCCAUCUUCAGCGGCUGUACUUACACAAUGAUGGCACUAAGCUAGUAAUGCUCAACAACCUGAAAAAGAUGACCAAUCUGAUUGAGCUGGAUCUAGUGCGUUGUGAUCUGGAACGCAUCCCGCAUGCCAUCUUCAGCCUGACAAAUCUGCAAGAGCUUGAUCUGAAAGAGAAUAACAUUCGCUCAAUAGAAGAGAUCAUCAGCUUCCAGCACCUUCGAAAACUCACUUGCCUUAAACUUUGGUACAAUGGCAUCAUGUAUAUCCCAGAGCACAUCAAAAAGCUUGGCAGCCUAGAGCGCCUCUAUUUCAGCCACAACAAGAUCGAGAUAUUGCCUUCGCACCUGUUCUUGUGCAACAAGCUGCGGUACCUGGACCUGUCCAACAAUGACAUCCGAUUCAUCCCUCCAGAAAUUGGAGUCCUUCAGAGUCUACAGUAUUUCUCUGUCACAUGUAACAAAAUUGAAAAUCUACCAGAUGAGCUCUUCUUUUGCAAAAAGCUCAAAACACUAAAGCUUGGCAAAAACUCGCUGUCCAUCCUCUCGCCAAAAAUUUCCUACCUAGCUCUACUGACAUAUUUGGAGCUCAAAGGCAACCACUUUGAGCUCCUGCCACAAGAGCUUGGUUACUGUCGUGCUUUGAAGCGCAGUGGCCUUAUAGUGGAAGAGACACUGUUUGAAACUCUGCCUUCAGAUGUCCGGGACCAAAUGAAGGCUGAGUGAGAUGCCUUAUUGUAGCCACAGUGCCUGCUGUUUGUUCUGUCCACUAAUUCAGAACCUUUGUUUGUAUAAAUCAUUACCAUACUUAAGUAUUACACUGCUGUUAAAAAAGUUUUUUUUUCCAGAGGGAAAAAUUACUUUUUUGUAUAUUGUCAAAUGGAGUGUGGCUUUACAGGGGUGCUUGUACUUUUGUUAAGUUUUGACAUCCAGCCACAAAUCCUUCCUUAAGGAACAUUUUGGGAAAUACACAGUUUCACUUUAGAGUGGCUCUGUCCAAAUGUGGAAAAAUACACCUACCUGCACCUCUGCAGCUCUCUAAUUAACAUGUUAAAGACUGUUUGUCUAAUUCAUACGAAAUGUAAAAAUGACAGGUUGUUGUUUUAUGGGGAGUUACAUGGUGGACUAGUUUUUGGCCUGGGGAGUUUUGAGGUGCUGCUAGGCAGAUCUUUUACAACCAUUGCACAGAACUGCACAAGCUGUUCCCCUCUGCUUCCAGCGUUUACUGUCUGUUAACUGCAGCUUCAUACUUAGCAUUCAAACAUGGUUAAAAAAAACAGGUAUCUUUUCCUCAUACUCUUGGCGAGAAAAAAUAACCAUAUUUCACAAAAUGUCUGACCAUUUCUUUUCAAGGCCUCAUAAACUAUUGGAAUACUGAAUGUAUAUCAAAGCUGAAGACCUCACUUUAGUUUAGGCCAGUAGCCUUAUGCUGUAUUGUAUAUAUUUUAUAGUUUUCCUUAUAAAGUCAUUUAUUUUCUUCAAGAGACUGUUAGCUAACAUGGACAACAGCAGGGAAAAUGCAAAAAACAAAGGAUAUAUCUUAAAUAAAUACACAUAAAACCUUGUCUAAACAGUUCUGUAUGCCAUUUUAAAGUGUAUUAAACGUAAAGGACUAUGUCAUACUGGUGUUUUUCUUCAGUUCUUGAGAUGUAUAGAAGAGUGCAGCCUAUAACACAAAUGUAUUUUUAUAAACAGUAUUUUUAUGUUGUUUAUCAAUAAAAUUUGAUUUAUUUGUGGA